AUGGAUUGUCUCAAUCUUGGGAGCUCUUUCCUUAUUCUGCUCUCGAUGCAGUUGCUGCUAUCGUUGUUCAACCCCUUGGUUGUAGCGGACUUAGCCUCGGAGAAGCAAGCCCUUCUUGACUUUGUCUCUGCAGUAUAUCAUGGAAACAAGCUCAACUGGGACAAAAAUGCCUCAAUAUGUUCAUGGCAUGGCGUAAAAUGCUCAGCAGAUCAGUCACAAGUUUUUGAAUUGAGGGUACCAGCUGCUGGUCUUAUCGGAGCAAUUCCUCCAAACACUCUUGGCAAGCUUGAUUCUCUUCAAGUACUGAGCUUGCGGUCUAAUCGAUUGACUGGAAGUCUUCCAUCUGAUGUGGCCUUACUUCCUUCUUUACGUUCCAUAUACCUACAGCACAAUGAACUUUCAGGAGGGUUGCCUUCUUCCUUCAGCCCUAGCCUCAGUGUAAUAGACUUCUCCUACAAUUCCUUUACAGGAGAAGUACCUGCAAGUUUACAAAACCUUACUCAGUUAACUGUCCUUAAUUUGCAAGAUAAUUCUUUCUCUGGAUCCAUCCCUGAUCUCAAGCUUCACAGUCUGAAACUACUAAAUCUGAGCAACAAUGAACUGAAAGGCUCAAUUCCUCGUUCGCUCCAGAUAUUUCCGAAGGGUUCAUUUUCAGGGAAUCCUGGACUGUGCGGGCUACCUCUAGCUGAAUGCUCAUUUCCUUCACCAACGCCCUCACCUGAAUCAUCUUCAUUGCCUCAAUCUCCACCUUCGGCACAUCAUGAUAAGAAACUAGGCACAGGUUUCAUAGUUGCAGUUGCUGUUGGUGGGUUUGCAUUGCUGAUGCUAGUCGUGGUUGUGUUGGUCGUGUGCUCUUCAAAGAGGAAAGGCAAGGACGAGAUUGAUGUGGAAUCCAAAGAGCUUCUGCGAGAAGUCCUUGGCAAGGGUAGUUAUGGAACUGCUUACAAAGCUAUACUCGAAGAUGGUACUGUCGUGGUAGUCAAGAGAUUAAAAGAUGUUGUGGCUGGGAAAAGAGAGUUUGAGCAGCAGAUGGAGCUCAUCGGGAGGUUGGGCAAACAUGCAAACCUAGUCCCGCUACGUGCCUACUACUAUUCCAAAGAUGAGAAGCUUAUCGUCUACGAUUAUAUUGACACUGGAAGUGCUUCAGCCAUGUUGCAUGGUAUCCGGGGUGUUACUGAGAAGACACCAUUAGACUGGAACUCCAGAGUGAAGAUCAUCCUUGGGACAGCAUAUGGAAUUGCGCAUAUACAUGCAGAAGGGGGCGCGAAGCUCACCCAUGGCAAUAUCAAGUCAACUAACGUACUCGUAGACCAAGAUCACAAUCCUUCUGUUUCGGACUAUGGCCUCAGCGCUCUGAUGAGUGUGCCAGUCAACGCAUCUCGCGUUGUGGUCGGUUACCGCGCUCCAGAGACAGUCGAGAACCGCAAGAUCACCCAAAAGUCUGACGUCUACAGCUUCGGUGUCCUUCUCAUGGAGAUGCUCACAGGAAAAGCCCCGCUCCAGACCCAGGGGAACGACGAUGUCGUUGACCUGCCGAGAUGGGUGCACUCGGUGGUCCGGGAGGAGUGGACGGCCGAGGUGUUUGACGUGGAGCUGAUGAAACACCAGAACAUCGAGGAGGAGCUGGUACAAAUGCUGCAGAUAGCCAUGGUGUGCACGGCAAAGUCGCCAGACCGGCGCCCGGCAAUGGAGGAGGUGAUCAGGAUGAUCGAGGGGCUCCGCCAGUCCACCUCGGAGAGCCGCGCGUCGUCUGAUGAGAAAUCCAAGGAGUCGAACCCUCCAUCAGUGUAA